AUGACUGUCUGGCAGGAACAUAUCAACAACCUGAUGAAAGAUGGGCUGUGCUGGGAUGCAGCAGUUCUAUCAAUAGCUCAGCAGCAAUUCUUAGCUGCCCACCAAGGUGGCAUCUUGGCUAAACUGACCAAGCCAGAAAUCCAAGCUCUUCUUGGCAGGAACAGAGAAAACCUGCUUACUCAAGGGUUGACCCUUGGUGGCCUCAAGUGUUUGGUCAUACGUGAUAACCUCUAUACAGAUGCCCACCAAUACAGUAUGGAUCUCCGGACCAAGCUUUAUCGGGACAAUGGAGAGAGCUGCACCCGUGCCAUCACCGUAGUCCUGGUUAAUUCUGUGUGCCUGAUCCUGAUUGGCCAGAAGGGUAUACAGGGAGGAACAUUAAACAUGAAGGCUUUUGAGAUGGCCCAUUACAUUACAACUUGUGCCAAUAAACAUGUGCAAUGA